AUGGCGGACCACAAAUCCCGUUCGGACAGGGACGAGAAGCCGUCAUACGAUAUAGAGCGCGAUGCAACCUCGAGUACCGAUGACUCAGCUACCGUCCAUGCACCAGCACCAGCAUCUGGCGACACGGAUGGCAGAUCGACCGCCGACCACGAGGGCAAGACGGCCAACCCAGACACUGCCUUGUCUCAGUCGGCCGAAGCUGAGGCCAGCGCCCCUAGCGACGAACCAGAAGCCGGUCGCACCAAACUGCAGACCACCGUCAUUAUCGGCUCCCUCUGCGCGGCUCUGUUCCUGUCUGCUCUCGACAUUACUAUCAUCACGACUGCCGUCCCGACGAUUGCCCAAGAAUUUCGAUCGUCGGCCGGUUUUGUCUGGAUCGGCUCUGCCUACACCCUGGCCAACGCUGCCUGUGUACCCAUUUGGGGCAAGGUCUCUGACAUUUUCGGCCGGAAAAGCAUCCUCCUGACUGCCAUUGCCGUCUUCUGGGUGGGCAGCCUGCUAUGCGGUGUCUCUGUGAACAUGGGCAUGCUCAUCGGUGCCCGUGCCAUCCAAGGCAUCGGCGGCGGAGGCAUCAUCGUACUCGUCAAUAUCUGCAUCAGCGACCUCUUCUCCCUGCGCCAGCGCGGCGUCUACUUUGGCAUCAUGGGCAUGGUCUGGGCCGUCGCUUCGGCAGUCGGUCCUGUGCUGGGUGGUGUCUUUACGAGUCAAGUCACAUGGCGAUGGUGCUUUUACAUCAAUCUGCCCAUCUCCGGCGUCGGCGCCGUGGCCUUGUUCUUCGUGCUCAAGCUCCAUAACCCUCGAACGCCGCUCGGAAAGGGCCUGCAGGCCAUUGACUGGGUUGGCUGUCUCACCAUCAUCGGCGGCACGCUGAUGGUCUUGUUUGGCCUUGAAUUUGGCGGCGUCAAUUUCCCGUGGGGUUCGGCCACCGUCAUUUGCCUGCUCGUGUUUGGCGUCGUAACCAUUGGCCUGUUCAUCUUCAACGAGCUCAAGUUUGCUCGUUACCCCGUCAUCCCCUUGCACCUGUUCCGCGACCUCUCGACCGUUGCCUGCUUCGUCCUGACAUUCUGCCACGCAUUUGUCUUCAUCUCCGGCAGUUAUUGGCUCCCACUGUACUACCAGGGUGUUCUCGGCGUGUCCUCGCUCUUGUCUGGCGUGUACCUUCUUCCAUAUGCCGUGUCCCUAUCCAUCUCUUCCGCCAUAGCCGGUUGGCUCAUUCGAAAGACGGGCAACUAUGUCUACCUCAUCACCGGCGGACUGGCCAUCAUGACCUUGGGUUUUGGUCUCUUCUAUGACCUGCCUGGCACGCCAAACUACACCAAGAUUAUCCUCUAUCAAAUUGUUGCCGGCAUUGGCAUUGGUCCCAACUUUCAGGCUCCGCUCAUCGCCAUUCAGACAAACGCCGAGCCUCGCGACAUUGCGUCUGCGACCGCUACCUUUAGUUUUGUCCGCCAGAUCGCCACCUCCAUCUCCGUCGUCAUCGGAGGCGUCGUUUUCGCCAAUGAGAUGGACUCGCAGCGCCCGCGCCUCGUGGAAGAGCUCGGCCCCAGCCUGGCCGAUCAGCUGUCCGGUCACAAUGCUGCCUCCAACGUGGGCCUUGUCGGUGAUCUCAAGGGUGACGAGGGCCGCAUCGCUCGAGGUGCUUUCCUCACGAGCAUGCGGACCAUGUUCAUCGUCUAUGUUGCCUUUGCCGCCUUUGGUCUCGCCACAAGCCUGCUCGUUCGUCAGAAGAGGCUGAGCAAGGACCACAAAGAGCACCAGACUGGCCUCAAGACGUUGCGAAGCCGCACCGAUCGCCGCCCUGCCGACAGCGACAAGUAG